GACGAAGAAAAGCAACGCCGUGAUGAACUGCAACGGAAGUUGGCCCGUGAACUGGAGAAGUCAAAAGCCAAACGCAGCAAGAAAAUGGGUAUCCUUCGAAAAUGAAACAUCAUGGCGCACGCACCUUAAUGCUUUCAUGAUGUUUUUCUAUAUUUGUCUUUCGUAA